CGCGUUUUCUUCAUUUUGCGAACAUACGUUUUAACAACCACCGUUCCGAUAGGACUCUAGGGCCCCAAAGAGGUUCAAUUUGCAAGAUAAAUAUUCUGGAACCUCCUGAGACUUAUACCUAAGUCAGUGCUUUCUCCACUUUAAGGAAGUGCGCGAGGCUUGAACUGCCAAGCUUCACCAUGGAUGAUUUUGAUCAAGUGGGCAUAGAGGAGGAGCAGGAAGAAGAGAGAACAGAGGAGAAGAUAAUUAAUGAAGAAUACAAGACAUGGAAGAAAAAUGCGCCGUUUCUUUAUGAUAUGAUUCUCAGUACAGCAUUGGAAUGGCCUACUCUUACUACACAAUGGCUGCCAGAUAAGCAAGCUGUCCCAGAUAAACCCUAUUCAACCCACCGCCUACUCAUUGGAACGCAUACAUCGAGUGAUGCCCAAAACUACCUUCAAAUAGCACAUGUCCAACUACCUAAUCCAACGGCUCCAGAUGCGGAAGAUUACGAUGACGAGAGGGGGGAGAUCGGCGGAUAUGGAGGCGGGGGAUCAAAGAAGGCGCCCAUGGAGGUGAAAUUUAACAUUGUCCAAAAGAUCGAUCACAAAGGCGAGGUGAAUAAAGCACGAUACCAGCCACAAAACCCGAAUGUUAUCGCAACAAUGUGCACAGAUGGGAGAGUGAUGAUUUGGGACCGCUCGAGACACCCCAGUCUUCCCACGGGUAACGUAAGCCCUGAGCUAGAGUUACUUGGGCAUACGAAGGAAGGGUUUGGGUUAAGUUGGAGCCCUCAUUUGAUUGGCCAUCUCGCUACUGGAAGUGAAGACAAAACCGUCCGCCUUUGGGAUAUCACGCAACACACGAAAGGCAACAAAGCUCUUAAGCCUUCGCGGACAUACACCCACCACUCCUCCAUUGUCAACGAUGUCCAACACCACCCUCUCCACUCGUCCCUGAUCGGGACUGUAUCUGACGAUAUCACACUUCAAAUCCUCGACAUUCGUGAAGCAGACACCACCCGCGCUUCUUCGGUGUCCAAGGACCAGCACAAGGAUGCGAUAAAUGCCAUUGCCUUUAACCCUGCCAAGGAAACGGUCCUUGCUACCGGAUCAGCGGACAAGAGUGUUGGCAUCUGGGAUCUCCGAAACCUUAAAUCGAAGCUACAUGCGCUUGAGUGCCACAAUGAAUCGGUAACGUCUCUGGCUUGGCAUCCGUUCGAGGAAGCAGUGCUAGCGAGUGCUAGUUACGAUCGGAAGAUCAUGUUCUGGGAUCUCAGCCGUGCUGGCGAGGAGCAGACCCCUGAAGAUGCUCAGGAUGGACCCCCUGAGCUACUAUUUAUGCAUGGUGGCCAUACCAACCGCAUCUCCGAUUUCAGCUGGAACUUGAAUGAUCCGUGGGUUCUGUGUUCAGCGGCGGAAGACAACCUGCUUCAAGUAUGGAAAGUGUCUGAUGCCAUUGUUGGUAAAGACAUGGAAGAUGUUCCAACUGAAGAGCUGGAAUCAUGAGGGGCAACAUAGUUAUUUUGCUCGCUUGAAAAUGACUCGAUCUGGUCCAUACUGUUCGCUGGCUUGGGCUGGUGCCCGUUGCCUAUCUUAAGGGGGGGUGGUUUCCGCGUAUCCUUUUCCACAACCUAUAUUCUCUUUGAAGAGACACGCUGAAAUUUCCCUCUGGGGAUGGUGGGAUAGGGUAUUACUUUCGGUGUUCCUUCUUCAGGUGUACGAAUUUCACGGCUUGUUUUCUGUCUUAUGCUCCGUCUGUAUUUGUAGGUACAUUACACUGGGGUGAAAUUUGAAAGGCAGCGGUUACUCAGUAGCGAAUUCAGUCUUUACGCCCCUUAGAUUGCCACUAUUUACCCAAUAAGCUGGACUAUUCCCAUCUAGUCCGUCCUUUAUUUUACUUUGUUUUAUAUCCCUCUCUAUUUUAGACUAGCGUCGGAGAUUUAUUUUACCGAGCAGCCGCUUCCAGCGAAUCAGCCUUAGUCAGAAACCUUGACGAAACUCUGAUCUUUCCCGAAAAACAGUCGCCGCCAGCGCCCAGACAAAAAAAAAAAAA